AUGUACCCACGCCGAGUUGUUAUCACGGGGUUAGGCGCAGUUACACCUUUGGGACUUGGUGUGAAACACUCGUGGGAGAAACUAAUUACUUCUAAAUCAGGAUUGAUUUCCACAUCACAAUUGCCUGAUGCCAGUCAGUAUUCCGAGAUACCAUCGAAAGUUGUAGGUAAGAUUCCAACGGACCCAUCAAGUGAAUACAGUUUUAUAGCGUCCGACCACUUUGCUUCACAUGAACUGCGUAGAUAUUCACCCUUCAUCCAAUACGCACUGGUUGCUGCCGAGGAAGCAUUGAAAGAUGCCAAACUAAAUACCUUUGACAUGACUGAAGAAGAACGCUGGAGGACCGGUGUUUGCAUUGGUUCGGGUAUUGGGUCAUUUGAAGAUACCGUUAAUAACUCAAUAAGUUUUGAUAAAUCGGGGUAUAGGAAACUGCAGCCUAUGUUUAUACCUAGACUGCUUACAAAUAUGGCAAGUGGAAACGUAUCAAUCAAAUAUGGGUUGAAAGGUAUCAACCAUUCGGUUUCUACUGCAUGCGCUACGGGUGUGCACUCUAUUGGGGACUCUUACAGAUUCAUCAAAGAUGAUUAUGCAGAUGUUAUUGUUUGUGGGGCAUCGGAGGCAGCAUUGAAUCCUGUUUCCCUUGGUGGAUUUGCAAGAGCAAAGUCAGUUACGACAAGGUAUGUCGAUGAGCCAACGAAGGCCUCCAGGCCGUUUGAUAGAGAUCGUAGCGGUUUUGUGCUUGGAGAAGGUGCAGGAAUAUUGAUCCUGGAAGAGCUUGAACAUGCAAAGGCUCGGGGUGCUCCGAUUUAUGCCGAACUUAAAGGGUAUGGACUAUCAGGAGAUGCAACACACAUAACUACCCCCAGUUCUGAAGGAGAUGGUGCUAAAAGAGCAAUGGAGAUGGCAAUCUGGAGGGCCAACAUUGAUCCUAGGAAUGUUGGAUACGUCAAUGCGCAUGCCACAUCGACAGUAUUAGGAGACAGAGCAGAAAACUUUGCCAUCAAGAGGCUCUUUGAAGUAGCCAAUCCCAACCUGAAGGUCAGUUCAAGUAAGGGGCAAAUUGGGCAUUUGCUGGGUGCUGCAGGCUCUGUUGAAGCCAUAUUCACCGUCCUCGCCAUCCACCACGGUGUUGUUCCACCAACACUGAACUGCGACAACCCAGGCAUGCACGAUGACGACAAUGGAGAGGAUGACUUUAUUUUCGAUUAUGUCUCUAACAAGUCGCAAAAGGUCGAAUUAGAGUGUGCAUUAACAAAUAGUUUUGGUUUCGGAGGCACCAAUGCUUCACUUUGUCUUUCAAAGUACAGAGACUAA